AUGUGUGCCCCGGUCACAGCUCCUUUCAGCAUGGCCGGAGGAGAGGUGUACUGGCAGAUGCGUGACACACACAGAUCAGACACUUAUUUCUGUGUUGCAGGUCUUGAGGCUCUGCAGUGCGUGCAGGAGAUAAAUAGCACUCAGCUGCUGUUUGUGUUUGUACGAAACGGGCUGGAGUCAACACUGGAGCGCAGCACGAUCGGCAGGGAGCACAUGGGCCUGCUGCUGCACCAGCUCAUUAAGACCGGCAUCCUACCAAAGGAGCAGUACUACAAAGGGCUUAAGGAAAUCCUGGAGGUGGCAGAAGACAUGGCGAUAGACAUCCCCCACAUCUGGCUCUACCUGGCUGAGCUGAUCACUCCCAUGCUUCAAGAGGGAGGCAUGCCCAUGGGAGAACUUUUCAGGGAUGUCUCAAAGCCUUUGAUCCCUCUGGGCAAAGCUGGAGUCCUGCUGGUUCACAUCCUCACUUUACUCUGCAAAGGAAUGAGCCAUAAAAAGGCAGGUACAAUGUGGAGGGAGGCAGGCCUGCGGUGGAAGGACUUCCUCCCUGAGGACGUAGACGUCAACAAGUUUGUGACAGAAAAGAAUGUGGAGUUUACACUGGGCGAUGAGUCGGAGAAGGGCAAGAAGAAGGAGCUCAGCGCUGCAGAUCUGACCAGACAGCUGGACAGACUGAUCCAGGACAAGGCUGACAACCAGAGGAUCUUUGACUGGAUUGAGGCCAACCAGGAUGAACAGCAGACCUCCUCCAACAUGUUUGUCAGAGCGCUGAUGACCUGCAUCUGCCAGUCAGCAAUUUGUGAGAAUCCCUACAAGGUUGACAGCGAGCAGAUCAAACGGAGGGCGAAGCUCCUGCAGAAAUACCUGAAGGACGAGCAGAAGGAGCUACAGGCUCUGUAUGCUCUGCAGGCCCUCAUGUUGCAGAUGGAGCAGCCUGCCAAUCUGCUGCGAAUGUUCUUCGACACACUCUACGAUGAAGAUGUGAUCAAAGAGGAGGCCUUCUACAAGUGGGAGUCCAGCAAAGACCCCGCCGAACAGCAGGGGAAGGGCGUGGCCUUGAAGUCCGUCACUGCCUUCUUCACGUGGCUCCGCGAAGCCGGGGAUGAAUCCGAUAACAGCUAGGGGCUGCUGGGAGAC